AUGCCCGUUACAGAUGGCACCAAGUUCAUGCCUUCUGUGGUCACCCUUAUUGGGAUCCCUGGCCUGGAAACUAUGCAGAGUUGGGUUGGGACUCCAUUCUGUGUUAUGUACUUCAUUGCUUUGGUGGGAAAUUCUCUACUUUGGCUCAUUAUCAAAUUGGAACUCAGUCUCCUUGAGCCUUUAUCUAUCUUCUUGGCCAUGCUGGGAGCCAGAGAAAUUGCACUUGGCACCAGCAUUGUCCCCAAGAUGCUUGGAAAUUUUGGGUUACACCUGGCAGAGAUCUAUUUUGAUGUUCUUUUCCAGAUGUGGCUCAUCCACACAUUUCAAGGUAUUGCAGCAGGAGUCCUGCUGGCUAUAUCUCUGGACCACUACAUAGCGGUCUGUUAUCCUCUGAAGUAUGCUACCACAUUCACACAACAAAUAGUCACUCAUAUUCAAGUUGGGGUGGCAUCGUGGCUUUCCAUUCUGGUAAUAUCAUGCCUAUUUCUCAUAAAGUGGCAUCUAAAACUUCGUCAAUCAAAGUUAAUACCUCACACUUAAACUUCACAACACAUGGCCCUUGUGAAGCUUGCCACUGAAGAUGUUUACAUUCAUAAAUUCUAUUGUCUCUUUGGGGUUUUUAUUGUGGGCAGUCCUGACUUCAUUUUGAUCAUUUUCUCCUGUAUACAAAUAUUUUUUAUUACUGUCUUUCACUUGCCCCAGAAAGAGGCAUGUCUUAAGGCAUUUAAUAGAUGUAUUCCCCAUAUAUGUGUCUUCUUCCAAUUCUAUUUCCUUGCUUUUUUCUCAUUUUUUACUCACAGUUCUGGAUCUUAUAUCCUAUCAUAUAUACAUAUCACAUUAUCCAACCUUUUAUUGGCCAGUGGCAGUCUUGCACCUAAGGCUUUUCUUUUAGGGCUUUUAACUGUGGACUAG